CGCGGCGCGAGUUUCGAGUUUCGAUUUUCGAGUUACGAUUUUCGAGUGUGGAGUGUGGUGUUCAUCGAGAGAGUCUCCCGCAAUCACGAAAGAUCCCCAAAUCCAAUCCGAGAUUCGAGCUCGUGCGUGUGUGCGUUGUAAAAAGCCCCAGGCCCAGGCCCAGCCCCAGCCCCAUCCCCCAUCCACGCCCACGACAUCCGUCGACUCCUUUUGGGAGUACUUGCACAGUUUUUGGUUUAAUUAUUUUUGUUUUUUAAAGUGUGUGUGUACCCGCCACAAAUGAUAAUUGUGUGCAACAAGCGGCGAAUGCAGGCCAACAGCAACAGAAGCGACCAAAUCAACGUCCAAAUCUAUAGCAUUUGCAAUCUACAUGCGUCCGUCUAACAGUAAAGCACUGUGCAACGGUCCAGCAGCACGAGCAAGUGGCACCACAUCCGAAACAUCUGCAGCAACCUGCCCCGUAACCUGAAGACCGCAUAGAAAACACUCCAUACAUACAUAUAUACCCACAUAUUGUACGAGAGAUCGGAUAUUGGACAUUGGAUAUUGGAUAUUGCUUCCAAACAUACAUACAUACCUCGAACUCAACUCAAUUUAAUGUUAUAGAACGAUGGCAUCGGCCAUAAUCACAACGACAACGGUGACGGCAACAGGUAGUACUAUGCUCGAGCUAGAUCAUCAGCGCCAAAGGCCGUUGCGCGGUAUUUCAAUAGUCAUUGAAUCUGCUCAGCCAGCAGCAACACCAACAACACCAACAGCACCAGUAGAAAAAACAACAACAACAACAACAACAGCUGCAACCACAAUGAACAUCGACAGCAGCAACAGCAACAACAGCAGCAGCAGCAGCAAAAUAGCUGAAAUGUCGCUCAAGUCUCAGGCUGGCAUGUUGUUGGCAUUUGGCGACAGCAAUAGGAGCAACAACACAAACAACACCAACAACACCAAUGCUGACCAUGCAACCAAAGAUAAUUUGGAAACUAGUUGCAACACAGAAGCAAAGGCAACAGAAACAGUAAGCAAAGUGUAUCCACAGUUGCUUGUGCGCAUUGGCCAAUCGGAGGACAACGGAGAAAUUUCCCCAGCCACAGCCACAGCCACAGCCCCAGCCACAACCACAACAACAACCAUUAUCAGCUGUAAUGGCAGCGUGCUACCAGCUGAGAUCAUAGAUCCAGCUGCAGCUACAUCUCCAUCGCCAUCUCCAGUGGCAGCGGUUGGUGAAAUUAAAGAGAGCGCUCUUCCCAACGACGUGGUAGUCGUUGCUAGUCAGCCACCAGCAGCAGCACCAGCACCAGCACCAGCAGCAGCAGCAACAGCACUCACAUCUCUCGAUGCUGCCUCGAGUGCAGUGACCGAAACAGUUGGCCACAGCUCGCCCCAGCACACGGUCAAGAUACAGAUAGCCAACAACGGCCAGACCCAACGUAGGCUUGGCAAGCAGAUCAGUGUGGUCAAGCUGAACGACAGCGAUAUGGUUCUUCAGCAGCAUCAGCAGGAGGUGGAGGAGGUGCAGAAGCAACAACAGACACAAAAAUCUACGCAAUCGUCGCCCAGCUAUCAGCUGUGCUAUUUGGUGUCCAGCGGACAGUACUCGCCCUGCGAGGCCCUCGACAGUGGAACGGGCAGCGAUCUGGAGAGCGUCAAGUCGCCGGGCAGUGAGAGCCACAGUCUUGUACCAAAGCUGGAGCUGCAUCUGAAGACAACGCGCGUGCGAGUGAAUGAAUCGCCCCAGAGCGGGUCCAUCCAUCAGCGGGCGUACAGUCUGACGGAUAGCGAGGAAUGCGACGAGAGCAGCAGUUCCUCCCUCAGCUGCGACUCGCUGCACUCUGGGGAGGCCUUGUCGUCCGGCCUUGUGCUGCCCACCUCCCUGCUGAGAGACAUACGCGGUCGCGAACGGGAACGGGAACGGGAACUGGAGCCGUCCACGGGCACACUGGCGAUACCGACAGCCACCAAAAUCGACGGCCGUCCGCUGCAGUAUGAGUCCGAUCAGUUCUACACAUUCCAUGUCAACGAGCUGGACAACUUCCGCAGCUUUGGGCGCGAAACAUCGGCAGACACCACAUCCACCUUCUCCUCAUCCUCCUCAUCGCAGGAGUACGAGUCGAAUGGUUACCCGGAAGACGGGGAGGACGCCUUCGCCGGCUAUAGGGAUGUGCGGAGGGGUGGUGGUCCGUCGCAGUCAUCGUCAUCGUCCACCAUACGCUCCGCGAAGGGAACGGUGCGCGGCGUCAAGAAUCGUGUGCGCAAUGGAGUAGCCACAUUCUUGCAACUGCAGCAGCCCAGUGUCAAGAAUUUCAUGGAAAAGGAUGUGGGAAAAGUAGUUCUCUACACAACCAGUAUGGGCAUCAUACGGGAUACGUAUGCCAAGUGCGCCAACGUCAAACAGAUUCUGCGCACUCUGCUGAUCAAGUUCGAGGAGCGCGAUGUCUUCAUGAGCGUCGAGUACCAGCAGGAGAUGAAGGAGCGUAUGCACAACAAGACCAUCCGAGUUCCCCAGCUAUUUGUCGAGGGACAGCACGUUGGAGACGCCGAUACCGUGGAGCGUCUGAACGAAAGUGGGGAGCUGCGUCAGCUGCUAAGGCCCUACAAGUCCCUUGCGACGGCUUAUACGUGCCAGACCUGCGGAGGAUAUCGGCUGCUGCCGUGCCCCUCGUGCAGUGGAUCAAAGAAGUCGGUGCAUCGAAACCAUUUCACCGCAGAGUUCGUGGCCCUGAAGUGCAUGAACUGCGAUGAGGUGGGCCUGGUCAAGUGCCCCAACUGCUGAGAGUCAAACCAUAAACCCCUUUCCCCCUCUUCACCCGAGCAGAAUCAAUAUUUGUAUCUCUAGUGUAAUGAAGUGUCUUUUUUUUUGUAUCUAUGUAUAUCGGAAUGAUUUUUUUGUGCGCAUUUUGUUUGUCGCUUAUUAUUAACAGUUGUGAUAUUUGAGAUCAGUUUGAGCAGAAACUGAAAACUGAGUAGCGGAAGAACGGAACGGAACGGAACAGAUCGGAACGGAACGGAGAGGAACCCAAACGAAAACAAAAUCUAUCCAUAUGUGAAUCAAAGAGAUAUCGAAUAAAACCAUAACUCAAAACCGAUGA